CUUCAUCAUGCCGCCCAAGGAUGACAAGAAGAAGAAAGAUGCCAGAAAAUCGGCCAAAAAAGACAAAGACCCAGUAAAUAAGUCCGGUGGCAAGGCCAAAAAGAAGAAGUGGUCCAAAGGCAAAGUUCGGGACAAGCUCAACAAUCUAGUCCUGUUUGACAAGGCUACAUACGACAAACUCUGUAAGGAAGUUCCCAACUAUAAACUUAUUACUCCAGCCGUGGUCUCUGAGAGACUGAAGAUUCGUGGUUCCUUGGCCAGGGCAGCUCUUCAGGAGCUCCUUAGUAUAGGGCUUAUCAAGCUGGUUUCAAAGCACAGAGCCCAAGUAAUUUACACCAGAAACACAAAGGGUGGAGAUGCCCCAGCUGCUGGUGAAGAUGCAUGAACAGGUUCAAUCAGCUGUACAUUUGGAAAAAUAAAACUUUAUUAAA